AUGAGUCAGAAAGAAUCCCAGCCCGCCGUCCGGCGUGUGGCCGUCCUUGGUGCCGGUCCAUCUGGUUAUGCUGCUGUUCGGGCGCUAGCAUUGGAGAAGAAGUUCGAUGUCAUUCGCGUGUUUGAGCGAAGAGACCGUGUUGGAGGCAUUUGGCACUAUGAUCCCAUACCGGAUGACUUCCCAUUAGCAUCCAGCGACAAGCCACGAAAAGUGACGGCACCAGCUCAAUUGCCUGGAUUCACCGAACCUGCAGCCGAAGACAAGACAGCGCGAACGGCCAUCUACGACAAGCUCGAUAGUAACGUCGGGGCGGCGGUCAUGGCCUUUUCGCACGCCCCGUUUCCGGUCAAAAACUCUGCCACUUCGGUCCUGAGAUUAGGUCCGGACAAUCCGUCGCGGCCAUUCCAAGUCAUCCAGCAGUACUUGGAGACUUUGUUUCAGGAGUACCGGCAUUGGAUAUCGUUCAACACGACGGUCGAAAGGGCGGAAAAGGUGGGGAAUGAAUGGGUUCUGGACCUCAGGCAGUCUGGCCACCUGAGGAAUGGACAAUCGAGGGAUUUCUGGUGGCAGGAGAAAUUCGAUGCCAUUGUCGCGGCCACAGGUCAUUAUAAUAUUGGCUGGAUCCCUGAGAUCGCUGGGCUACCGGAGGCAUAUAGAAAGGCUCCGGAUCAUUUUGAACAUUCAAAGUCGUAUCGUACACCGGAUGAUUAUGUUGGGAAGAAAGUCCUCGUGGUCGGAGGGAGUGUAUCGGCGGCCGAUAUCGUCACGGACAUCCACGGCAUCGUCAAAGGUCCUUUGUACAGUGCCCAGAGACGGGUCAAUGAAGCUCUGGUGUCAGUGUGGAAACUUCCUGGAGUUGUAUCUAAAGGCCAGGUGAAAAGGAUCUUCUCGCACGACGAGAAUGGAGUGGGUGUUGAAUUCCAGGAUGGAAGUACAGUGGUCGGCUUCGACAAAAUCAUCUUUGCAACCGGCUUCAAGGUGUCGUAUCCGUACUUGGUUCCCAACCCUGUCACUCCCACGAAUCGCCUGGCGGGAGUUUAUGAGCAUAUUGUCAAGAUUGGCGACCCGACUUUGACGUUUGUUGGACAGGUCAAGGGAGGUCUUAGCUUUCGUGUUUUCGAGUAUCAAGCCGUGGCCAUUGCACGGAUUUUGGCAGGACGAGCUCACCUGCCCCCGGUCGCCGAACAGGAAGCCUGGGAGCGGGAACGGCUUCAGAAAAAGGGAGAUUCUAUCCUCUUCCACGAAAUCGUUCCCGACUUUGAACAGUAUUGGAACAAACUGCGUGAAAUUGCUGGCAAACCAGCACCGGACUCGGACGGCUACGAAUUACCGGCGUGGCGACAGGAAUGGACUGAUACUGCGCUGGCUAUUUUGGCGAAGAAGGCCCAAUGGUGGGCCGAACAAGCUGAGAACGCGAAAGUACGGCCACGGCUCUGA